UUUUAUAUAUAAAAUCACUAAUAACAAUGCAAAACACACGAUGAUCACAUUUAACAAACCCAUUUUGACUUCCCCCUCCUAAAUCCUCUUCUUAUUUCAUUAAAUUCUUUUAUCUCUUAAAUCAUAAUUCUCCAUAAUUCAUAAUUCUUUUAUUUUAUUUUUAAAAAAAAUUAUUUUUUUUAAUAAUAAAAAAAAAUGACAAGAAUUGAUCUGGAAUCAAUAACAGAAGCAACAUCAGGAGCAAUAGGGGCAGUAUUAAGUACAAGUAUUUUAUAUCCUCUUGAUACUUGUAAAGCCAAAUAUCAAGCUGAAGUCAAAUCAUCUCAUGGUCAACAGAAAUACAGGAGACUAUCAGAUGUGUUAUUGGAAGCGAUAUCCACGGGUCGAGUUUUAUCAUUGUACCAAGGCCUUGGAACCAAGAACUUGCAAUCGUUUAUUGCACAAUUUGUAUACUUUUAUGGAUAUAGCUACUUUAAGAAAUUAUACCAGGUAAAAUAUGGUACAAAAUCAAUUGGAACAAAAGCAAACUUGCUUCUUGCUGCUUCCGCAGGGGCCUGUACUGCCAUCAUAACUCAGCCUCUCGAUACAGCCUCAUCACGUAUGCAAACAAGUGCAUUCGGGAGAUCUAAAGGACUUUGGACAAUGCUUACGGAAGGCAGUUGGAGUGAAGCAUUUGACGGACUUGGCAUAUCCUUACUUCUUACUUCCAAUCCUGCAAUUCAGUAUACAGUAUUUGAUCAGCUGAAGCAAAAACUUUUAGACGGUAAACUGAAGAAAGCAGGAAUUGGAUCUUCUCCUGAAUCCCUAUCUGCAUUCUCUGCCUUUUUGCUCGGUGCAAUCUCAAAAAGUAUUGCAACUGUGCUUACAUAUCCAGCUAUCAGGUGUAAGGUCAUGAUUCAGGCUGCAGACUCGAGUGAUGAUGAAACCAAAGAAAACAAAAAGAAAUCACGAAAAACACUCUCAGGUGUUAUAAAUGCUAUCUGGAAACAAGAAGGUGCACUUGGGUUUUUUAAAGGAUUGGAUGCUCAAAUAUUGAAGACAGUUUUAAGCUCAGCUUUGCUUCUAAUGAUAAAAGAAAAGAUAACAGCUACCACUUGGGUACUCAUGCUUGCAGUUAGAAGUUCUCUGUCCGUCACACAAGGUAGAUUGAAGGGAAAGUAAGAAUAGUUCUCAUUGAUUAGACAUGUAACUGGCAUGGCGUAAAAAUGAAAUAAGGUUAUAAUUCAUAUCAACAACAAUCAAGCGUUGGCUUAUGUUUAUGUUUAGUGAUGGAUUAUGGUCUUGCAAAAACUACAUUGGCAUAAUGGGAUCUUGGGUGACAGUUAUACAACCUGAGUUAGUUUUGAUGUUUUAAGGGUAAAGAGAUUUAUGUGGAAGUGUUGAUUUUGCUAAGAAUUGUCAUCUCAUAUGCAGAGGUUAUAGGUUCCGAGCCUAUUCUAGUUAUUCAUUUAUUAACAAGUGUAAGGAUACAUUUUACUUA